ACGCUAUUGAGAACCUGCAGGCAGUGUCUCGACAGUCAACGCGGGGUUUUGCGUUUCUCUACGGAUGGUGCGACUGCCAGGGCUGAGUAAAGGCUGCCAGACGUGCCGGCGGCGCUCUAUCAAGUGCGACGAACGGAGGCCGGAAUGCUCCCAGUGCGUCAAGGCUGGCCGUACAUGUCCUGGUGCGUUGGCGGGGAACAUAUUCUUGCAUGCCGAACCCCAUAAUCCGCUCAAAUAUCACCGGCUGGAGGCUGUCCCCGUGCUUCGACCUCAACGACGACAUGAAUCAACACACAAUGCUGAUUGCCGCCUUUCACUUCCAUCAUCCCCUCAUGCAUAUCCUUCAAGAUGCGGUACGGUUUGCACAGUUUCCAACCCCCAGUCCCUU